AUGAGGAGGCUCUUCUACAGGGCUCACGUGGGCAGCGAGUUAUGCAACGUAGAGUUCAAGAGAGGAGGUCAGGAGUACCUGCGCACGUCCUUCCGAGCCCACCUGCGGCGCUACACCUGUGCCUUCCUGAACAGCGGAGGGGGCAGCCUGCUGGUAGGGGUGGACGAUGACGGGGUGGUGAGGGGGCUACGUUGUGAUCACAGGCAGGAGGACCAGGCACAGUUGCUGGUGGACUCCAUCCUGAGGGGCUUCCACGCCACACUGUUACCAUACUCCUACACCUUGGCCUUCCUCCCAAUCAUCAGACCUGGGCCCGAAGGCCAGAAUCUGAAGGUUCUGCACCUCACCCUGUGCCCCCUUCCAGCCCUCACCCAGCAGGACCUGUACCAGACCGACCAGGGAGAGGUGUUCCUCAGGAGAGAUGGCAGUGUGGAGGGACCUCUGUCUGCUAGCGCCAUCCAGGAGUGGGCCAGGCAGGAACAGUCAAGACCCUGGACCCCCACGCUGCCCUCAGUGCCAAUGUACAGAGUGCAGAUCAAACAGCUUAUGUGA